AUGCAUGCUAGACUCAGCAAUACAAUCAUAGUUGCAAUAUCCAUCACCCGCAAUGCAAAGAGCUUUAUCCUGUUGCUGUUAGAGCGCAGUCCGCCAUGGUACCGCGCACGGAGCGCAUGCGCGCGCUGCAAUGCUCCACUUCCUGCACGGCCUAAUCGGGACACCGAUAUCGAUAUUCCACAAUCGAUAAAUUACCGCAUCACUAUCGAAAUGUGUUCGGCGCGGUUCGUUCGAAUUUCGAAAUAUUUGUUGGCGGGCGUCGCGGUGUUCUGUGUGAGUUGGUUGGCGUCGGUCAACGAGUGGAGCAGCUGGAGCCAUCGUGCUGAGCCCCUGAGGUACUCCACCAUGAGGACUAUAGUGGGAUACUCGGAGGGCGCGCGCGCGGAGAGGGACAGACCGUCCCCCGUCGCCUGCACCAGUCUACCAGCGUACCCGGAAGUACCGAAUAUUAAUCGCACAUGGCAGCGUAAUUCGGCAGACAGCAGAUGGCAGAAGGUGAAGGGCACGUCGAUAUCGCUGUACGCGGCCUACUACGACACGCGGACCAGCCAGCCCUACGUGCGGAUACUCGCUAUGUACCAUGGUCGCAAUGCAUCCAAGGAGGAGCUGUACUGCCAAACGAGACCGAAUAAAGAAAAUGAAGCGACAGUCGAAGUGGUAGCAGCGAAGCCUUUGGAGAUGUGGUGGCGAGAGUGGGACAGUGGUGCUACCGACGUGGACACGCCUGUUCUACUGUCGUGUCCCCUGACUGAAAAUCUAACAGUGCCAUCCGUAGUCUCAGUAGUCAAAGAACCUUGUGACGACCCAACGAACGCUUUUAAUUUAAGUCCUAUCACAGAUAGCAAAGAAUAUAAAAGAACAUUUACAAUAUGCGUCAAAGACAUGUAUUUUAGAAAUGAUAUUUCCAGAAACCUAGUCGAAUGGAUAGAAACUAAUAAAUUGCUAGGUGUGGAUAAAAUUGAUAUUUAUAUUGAUGCUGUCCAUGAAAUAAACGAAAGAAUUCUAGAACAUUAUCGAAGGAAAGGAUUCGUUCGAUUGUAUCAAGUUCCUAUUAAAAGUAAGCCUGAAAGAACGCUGUGGCAAAGACGAAGAGAUCAUAUCAUUACGUACAAUGAUUGUUUAUACAGAAAUAUUCAAGAAUCUGAAUAUAUCGUACCACUGGAUGUUGAUGAGAUAUUACUACCGAAACGAACUUACACAUGGUCAGGAUUACUCAAACGCCUAGUGAAAAAAGGCUGGAAUCCUUACGAGUACUCCGCUAUUUUAGUAAGAAAUAUUUUUUUCUUCGAUUUUAUGCAAAACAAAUAUAUAGAUGCUAACAUAAACACAAGUAAAAUAUACACAAAGCGUGAUGACGUUAGAAUAGAUAAUGAGAACCUAAUAGAAAAAGAAUUAGAAUUAGAAAAUAAAUUAGAAUCUAUUGUAAAUAAUGAUUCCCUAGAAAAUAUUAAAGGAAAACUAGAUUGUACGGAAGAAACGAAGCCUAAGUUAGUAAGUCACAUUAUGAGUUCAGCAGUGGUUAGUCCAGUAGGCCACUAUAGCAAGAGCAUUAUGGUCACAAAGAGGGUUCUGACAGCGUUCAACCACUAUCCCUUAGCCGAUUUCGGUUCGUCAGGAUUCACGAUUUGGUCGGCGCCAUUCUCGGAAGUUCAAUUGAAUCAUUACAAGGAAUCGUGCAACACGACGCUGGUAAGCGAGUGUGAGAGGUACGCGGCGGAGGCGCGCGCGGACCACUCCGCGAUGCAUCUGCGCGGACGACUGAUGCGGGCGUUGGCUCUGACGUGCUCGAUAAUAAAAACUGCACAAUAA